CUUGUCAUUGUGAAAUAGUUGGGUGGAAUACACGUGUGAACUGCAGUUCCUCUCUGCACUGCGCUGAAUGGUGACCAGGAGACAGGACAGGAGGGGGAGGACUGACCAGCAUGGAGCUCCACUCACCCAAAAAGAGCUGAAUAAACAGUACAACACAGCACUGCAGCAAAGACAAGACACACACUGAGAAACACAGACAAAAGGACGCAAGAAAGGAAAGCAAGGUGUUUUGAGUGGAAUAGGAGAGCAGUCAGAGAUCAGUGGUCAUUGGUCUCAGGAUGUCCAGGAGCAGCUCUGCAGGGGAUCUGGUGCCCAAAGACAUUACUGAGAUCCUGGCCUUGCAGCAGGCCAGUAAGAAGAAACGGGGUUCAUCUUUGGGCCGGGCCUUCAGCUGGUUCAAGGGCAGUAAACGCAAGAGGAGUCUCAGUAAUGGGCAUAGCAGGUCAGGAGGUCCAUGUGGACGGUCUGGAGAGAGCACUACAGCCAAACAGAUUCAUGCCAGUGGUGACCCUAAAGCAGGCCAAAAGCAGAAUGAGCCAAGAAAGCUGACUGUACACUACACAGCCUCCCAGCACUACCAGGAGAAUGUGUUCAUACAGGGAAGCAGACCGCAGUACCUGGAAGACCUGCAUACUGAGGCCCGGGAAGGACUGAAGAUACUACAACAGGAGGAGAACAAAAAUGGAGUGGACUUUCAGGAAGAUCAGACUGUGCCAGAGGAAGAUACAAGCUCAAAAGAAAGAGAUGAAUCACUUGAGACUGAUAGCACUGCUGGACACUCCGUCAUUUCAGUGUCAACUGUCUCAGCAGUCUCCUCACGUCCAGUGCUUACACGUCAAGGUUCCACAUUUAAACCCUUGAACCCAGUUAAACGACUGGACAAGACCAAGAGGAGAAGUAGAAGAACAACUAUAAUGGGCAUACCACAAGAAGUCCAAAAAGAACUGGAUAUGGCAAGAGGAACUAUACUGCAGCAGCGUCCAAAUGGAGAACAUGACAGUGAAGAUGAUUCCUGUGGCAGAGUGGUCAUCCCAACAAUUGAUGGAGAGCUUCCUUCAGUAAAUCAUGAAGGGGCUCGUGUACACCUGCAGAACAUCGAGCUUCUUCAGACAUCAAGAGAUGAGGAGUUUCUAAUAAACCACAUCCAUUCUGUCUACCAAGAUGAGUUAAACCGAAAGCUUGGUAUAGGAGCAUGCCCUACACAGAGGCCAAAGUCUCUUGCUGUGCCAGGGAUGACCACUUCCUCUUUCCUGCAUGAGCCUCAAGGUCCUGUUAUGUCUAUUUCGCCACAGGCAACUUAUUUAUCUAAGAUUAUUCCAAACGCAAUUCUGCCUGCUGCAAUAGAUAUCAUUGAAAUUAAUCAUGAUCACAGCCGCCGCAGUACAAGUACAGUUAGCAAGAGUAGUUUAGCAUCAGCUAGUCCAGCUUCUUCACGAUCUGGAGGUGGCACAAAUAAACAUCCAACUACCACUAGCAGAAGCCAUUCCCAAUCAUCUGAGACGAUCGUCUCCAACUCCUCCACAAUCUCUUCAAAAGCAAAGUGUCUACCAACAUUUGUUCCUGACAGCACCAAAGAAGUUUCGGAUUUAAUUCCAAAGGAUGCAAGGGUGACAAGCUCAAGCAGUUGUAAAAGCUCUAACAGUAACGGUACAAAUCAUAGACUAGACCACAGGGAGAUGGGUGAAGCAGGGGAAAACGUCAGAAACAGCCAUUCAUUCUCUCGUAGUCUUUCUGUAAUGAAGACAAAAUUGCCACCAGCACCACCUCAGAGAACCUAUUCCCUCCACCAUGAAAAACUUAAGUGGAGAUCAAGGGAACUGGCAGACAUAAAAAGUCUCAAAAAUAUGGCCCCAGAUGAUGGGCAAACAGGUAGAGAUCUUAGUGGUCCAAAAGACCAGCAGUCCACCAAUAAUGAAAAGAGUUCUGUCCAUUCUUCUAUACUCAACUCAUCAAGAGAAUGCAGCCCACUUAGUCCUGAUCAAGCUUUAACUAGAAGUCAUGUCAGAUCGGGUAACUCAUCCCCACAGAAAACUGGAGAAGAAUCUGGUGAAAACAAAUUUGAUAGGACUUUGUCUCCUUCGAGUGGAUACUCAAGCCAAAGUGGGACACCUACACAUUCCCCUAAAGAGGUCAGUCCCUCCUCACCUGGAAAGAGAAGAGUUCAGCCUUCAAAGCCUGAGAGAAUAGGUGUACGGAACUCGCCGGUGGUUUCAGUCUCUUCAUCAAUGACAUCUCUAUCUUCAGUCACAUCAGACACAGCACAUCGUGACAUUCAAACCAACACCACUCCAUCAGAGCCAUUAAAGUGCUCCCCAAAUGUUACAACAGUGAAAAACAAGGUGACACUGACACACCCAACUAUUCCCCAUAGGGAACUGUUCAACAUUCCCCCUCCACCCAAGGUAAAAGCCCCAUCUCCCCCACCCCCUGAAACCUGGAUUCACAAUAAACGCACACUUGAACUAUUAUGUGGCCCAGGUCCAAACCCCCAUAGGUUACAUCAGCUUCAAAAACAGCAAAAAGAGUCAUUAAUAGGUAAAAAUCAAAACACAAAUUCCAUACAAAUCACUGAACAAAUGAUCCCAAAGCUACAUACAACAGAAGAAAUGAAGUCAGGUACCCAACUGGAGAACAAAGAAGCUGUAAAAGAACAAAAUGAGUCUAUUUCAUCUCAAAUGCACGAACAAAUGAUGGCAGAACCUCCAGAUUUGAGGCAUAAUGAAAGCUCAACAUUACACAAUGUGCUGAAUGAACUAAAAAGUACAAAAAUCCCUACAGAGGUCAACCACAACGUUCAUACGCAAGAUCAGAGAACUGUAGAGGAUCAAAAGGAAAAAGGAAGCCAAAUACUCCCUACAACAAAGGUACCAACUAUCAAAAUUGAUCAAAGUAUGCUGUCACAAGUCAAAACAAGUCCUGAAAUUGUGAGCACAACAUGCACCCGAAGGAAUGAUGAAAACAGUGAGGAGAACAAAGGAAACUGCAUUGUUAAGGACAUUCUCAAUCAUAAACAAUUGCAAACUCUCGGCAUAGAAGUACCUGAGGUCAAUGGCAUUUCUCCUCCUCCUUCUCCACCUCCGGAACACCACCCUCCACCACCGCCUACUAAAAAGACGUCAGCCUCCACAGGGUCUAUACCACCAUCUGAUGAAGAGGAACAGAAGCAAGAAUCAGAGGAACAGGUGACUCAUCUGGAGACUUCUUGGCCUCCACCACCACCACCAAUGGAAGAAUCAACUGACUUGAUGUUUGAGGAACAAGAUGAACUUGACUUCCCCCCACCACCUCCCUCGUUCAUCCAUGAGCCCCUUUCGGAGGUAUCUGUCAAUUGCCAUGAAGAGUCCUGUGAACAGCAGGACAAUAUAGAAUUGAGGUCAUCUAAUGCCUCAGAUAUGGCUAGCAGUCCAGGCCAAGACUCCAAAAUACAGACCAUUCUGCCAGCAAGAACUGUACAAAAUGAUAUGGAGGACAGGCAAGAAGAUAAGCCUUGUAACAAUGUCUCACACUUCUCUGUGGACAAAGGUUGCAUGGAAACUGUAGAUCCUACUUGUAUGUCCUCUCUUUUACCAGAUGAACUUGUACAUGGGGAGGAAAUGCCAACUUUGUCAGCACAAGAUUCAUCUGAGCAAACAUCACUUGAUACCCAACCAGAUUCCACUAAUGUGCCACUUGCACCUCCACUUCCAGUGGAAGACCAAUCCACUGUUAACUUCCGAAGGCAAUUGAGCCUCAUAAACAAAGACAGCCGGAGCAAAGAUCUGCUUUGUCGUCACAAAAGCACACCUAUUUCAAAGGAGGAUGCCAACAUUCCCCUUGUCACACCUUCCUUGCUUCAGAUGGUUCGACUAAGAUCUGUAAAUGUAGGUGAAGAUCAAGUUAACAAUGAUACCAAACCAAGCACUGAGGCUACAACAAAUGAGGAUCACAGUAUUACUAGUCAAGCAACGCCACAAAAACCUAUUCGCAAAUCCUUGACCUUGAAGUCCAACUCACCUGCUAAGUCAUCUCCUGCUCCAGCCACAGUCCCAUCCAUGCGUCUUCAAGAGGCCAUACGUAUGAAGACUGCUGCAAUGUCCUCCAGUGGAGUACCUGCAAUGCUCAAUCUGCGCAUUUCCUCAAAUAGUAGUGCUAGUUCACCUGUGCCAUCCCCUAAAACACCAGAUGGCUGUGACUUACACAAGUCCCCUGCAUCUACAGCCAGCUUUAUCUUCUCAAAAAGUACAAAGAAAGUUGUCAUUGAAACGCCUACUUCUCCUGAGGUCCAAGCAAGCCUCCAGCAAAGUCUUGCAGCUGAGAUAAUGCAGGUUUCUGACCAAGCCAAGACAAUGGUUACAAAUGGGACAAAAAAGCCAAUUAAGGUCCCGCCACCUGUUGCUAAGAAACCAGUGCAUGGAACAAAUCUUCCCAAUAAGACAGAGAAUGCAACACCAGAUAAGACUGAGAUCUUGACAAAUAAACAAAUAACGAGGGUUGAAGUUAAUGGGCAAAGUGAUCAAGUGCAUCCUGCUGGUCAGCGAGCACAAUCAUUAGGAAACCAGAAGCAAGCAAGAAGUACAGAGACUGCAUGUUGAAGAGUCAGGACACACGAGUUGAGUUUUGAUUGGACUGUUUAGUCACAGUAUGGGAAAAACAAGAGGACAAAGCAAGUGAUGAAAGACCAAGACAGAUCUUGUUCAAGGAUCCAUGGAUACCACAGCUGUCUUAAAAGCCUUAGCCUGGAGAAAUGGCCUUAAAAUGUAUGCAGAAAGCUUUUCCCCAAUCGGUUUUAUACAAUAGCUUUAUUACAGCUUUCAAGUAUUUUUCUAAAUGAGUUUGUCUGCUCUGGGAAAAGUCCUUUUAGUUUAUUGUGGACUUUAAAAAUAAAGCUAAUGACUGCAAGACUGAACUGACAUCUAUUGGUCACUAGUGGUAGUAAUCACUGCUUGGCGCAAAAAAAAGUCAAAACCUGUUACAAGAUUUUUUUUUUUUUUUUUUUUUUUUUUUGGACAUACAAAUAUGCCUAAGCACACAGAUUGAUUACUAGCUUUUAAUGAAAUUCUACUAACAGUUGUAAAAGUUUUAGUGCUACUGCAGUCAACUUGCAGAAUUUGCUUUCAGCAAAUGUGUAAUUAUACAUGUACAGAACCAUCUGUUACCUUCCAUGAAUUUUGCAGUAUGCUGACUAUAGCUAAACAUAUACACAUUUACGCAUUUACGUUAUAUUAGAUUAAAGCACUUUGUUAGCUAAAUGCUGCAUUUCUUUUAAAACCAGCAAACAGAUAAGAGUAUUGACUGAUGGUCCCUCUAAAAUUUAUGUAAAAAUAUACAUACACAAAUACUUUAGUAGCUAUUUACUUUAAGGGAGGAGUGAACAGAACUACUACACUGUUUUAAAAAUAAAUAUGCAUUAAAGAUAUUUAUAGAUUUA